AUGGAGCACCUAAAAGGCAUGGUGAGGGAGACUGGGUAUUAUGAUACAUUGGGCGUCAAUGUUGAUGCCACUUAUUUUGAGAUAAGAAAGGCUUACUAUCUCAAGGCAACACAAGUUCACCCGGAUAAAAAUCCUGGAGAUCCCAAGGCUGCCGAAGAAUUUCGGGCACUUGGUGAAGCUUUCCAGGUUCUAAGUGAUCCUACCACGCGUGCACGGUUUGGGAAGCAUGGAAAGCUAUGCAUAUCACAGGACUACUGGAUACACACUGAUACUACAUAUUGUAUUAUGUUCGGGAGUGAACCUUUUGAAGAUUAUAUUGGUCAAUUUGCUAUGAAUACUUUCUAUUCACUUCUUGAAAUGGAAGAAGAGACCCUGGAUCUCGAAGUCCGCAAGGAGAAGGCAAUAGAGAAGAUGGGAGUAUGCCUUUUUACUUUCAGAAAGAAGGAAGAAAAACUUAUAAAGUUUAUGAAAGAUCGCAUCCAACCAUUUGUUGAUGGUCGUAAGGAUGAGUUUGUAAAAUGGGUAGAUUCAGAAGCACGAACCCUUUCAACCGUUGCAUGUGGCGAGUAUAUGCUACAUUCAAUCGGCCAUGUUUACUGGGCGAAGGCCAGACAAGAACUUGGGAAGAAGCGUGCGUUUGGUGGUUUAGACGGAUGGGUGGAGAAUAAAGGUCCCAGAGCAUACGAGAUGAGGCCACAAAUAGGAUCAGCUAAAGAGGCUGAACGUGUAGUUCUACAACAAGACAUGAUGGAGCCUGAAGACUUUGAAGAUCGCUUCCGAACGCGUAUUAUUCAAGAUUUAGAAGCUCCAACAUUUGGUAUACGAUGGGAUGCUGCUAUGCUUGAUCUUGUGAUAACUUUGUCAAAUGUCUCCCAUGCAAUACUUAAUGAACCCACUGUGCCGGAGGAUGUUCUAAAGUUCCGCGCUGAAGCGUUGGAGAUGUUCGGCAUGAUCUUCCAAGGUGCAACCGCUCCUUUCCUGAGAGAAGGCAGUCUCCGUAAUGAAGAUGAAGUAGAAUACCCAGAUUCUGAUAUGGAUAUACAAGAUAGGUGCUGCUACGUUACAGUUUGUAGGCCUGACACAAUUGAUCACAUGAUGCGCUUGGUGAUCAAAGCAAAUUAUGACUUCCAGCAAAUAUUGUUGGCCGUUCCUAAACCAAUUGCAUUUGAGACGAGGCUAGCGAAUCUACCGUUUGAGUCCAUUCAGUUUGAGUUCCAAGCGCUUUUGGCUAAAUCUGGUUGGAGACUCCUUCAACAAGAGCAAGGGCUAUGGGCUGAGGACUUUAAAGCAAAAUAUUUAAAACAGAAUGACAUCUUAACUGCUAAGGCUUCUCUAUUCCCUUGUUGUUCAAGUGCUUGGAGGGGAGUCUUAUAUGGGACUUCAACUCUUUCUAAAGGCAUCAAGUGGAGAGUGGGUUUUGGGGAGAACGUGAGGUUCUGGACAGAUAACUGGCUUAGUUGUGGCCCUCUCCAGCAGCAUGCUCUCAUUGAGCUGACUAAAGAUAUGCUCUAG